CCCACUCACCCAGCGCGUGUCUCUCGCCUCCGUGCCGGCCCAGCCGCUGCAGACCCGGCAUCGGCUGCUGCUCCCCCAGGCAGUGCCACAGCCCCAGGGCCUGUCAGCAAUGUUGCAGUGCAGACAUGCUCAGGAAUUCAGCUUUGGGCCUCGAGCUCUGAAGGACGCACUCAUCUCUACUAACCCUGCCCUCCAGGAGCUCUAUGCCAAAGCCUUCUCCAGCGCAGAGAAACUUUUCCUUUCUGAAGCAUACAAUCCCCAGAGGACACUCUUCUGUACUCUAUUGAUCAGGACUGCCUUCGACUGGCUCCUCAGCCACCCUGAUGCCCCUGAGGACUUCGAGACCUUCUAUCACUCCAUGUUAACGAAGAAGCAGAGUUUCUGCCAGAAGCACAUAUACCUGCAGCCUAUAGAUCUAAUUGAAGAGCCUGCUGGGAUCUGGCUGCUGGAUUCCCUCAGAAGUUGCCUAGAGUCUUUCUUCUUGGGCCUUCAUGUCAAGUGCCUUCCCUCUGUUCCCAUUUCCUCCAUCCACUGCUGCUAUCGACAGAGCCAGGAUUCAGACAGAGCGCAAGUCCAUGCAGAUGGGAUCCUAACCUUCUUGAAGAACAACAAGCCUCCAGAUGCCCUGUGCGUCCUUGGACUCACUCUCUUGGACCUGUACCCUUGUGAGACCUGGAGCUUCACCUUUGGCAAAUUCCUGCCAGGACAAGAAGUGGGCGUCUGCAGCUUUGCCAGAUUUUCUGGCAGUUUCCCCCAGCCAGGCUGCACCACCUUAAAUCCAGCUACCGGGCGAGAGGAGCUGCGUGAGGUCACCGAGAAGGCCCGAGACCGGCCGUUGCUGUUCAAUGUGCUGGAGAUGGUUCAGUGUUGCAAGGUUACGUGUCAUGAGAUCUGCCACCUGAUUGGCCUGGGGAACUGCAGAUGGCUACAGUGCAUCAUGCAGGGCGCGCUGAGUUUGGACGAAGCAUUAUUGCGGCCCCUCGAGCCCUGCCCAGUUUGCCUCAGGAAACUGCAAUACGUUGCGGGCUUCAAACUCAUCGAGCGCUACAGGAAACUCUAUGCUUGGAUACAAACUGUAUUGUCUACCUGGCCUAGUCAAGAGUCAGACCUAUCAACAUCUGAGGACCUCCUGCCAUUCAGCUCAGACUCUGGGAUGUGCUGUGAGAAUGACUCUGAGCCUUUAACUUCCCUGUCUGAACCAUUGACACCAGACACGUGCAGCCAAGCCGUUUCCAUUGGGCAGGAGCUGGAGCACGACCAGCAGUGUGUUUCUCCGGCUGACACGCCCAGCCAGCCGCAGCUGGGCAGGACCACCAAGUCCACAGAUAUCAUUAAAGAUUACGAACUAUGGCUGGAAACAUGCAUCGCUGCCCUGGAGAAGAAAGUCUCUGAGGAGGAGCUGGCUCAAGUGGACAAAACCGUGGAUGCCCUGGCUAAGUGGGAAAUGUUUACAGGGCAGCUCCCCACCAUGAGGAAGGAUCUGCCCUUCCCCAGAGACAACACAGGGCUCAGGAAAGUCCUGGGAGACAAAUUCUCCUCCUUGCGGAGGAAACUAAAUUAUAGAAAACUGUCCAAAGCUGAAUCUUCCCCUCAUCGCUGGAGUUGGGAGGAAAACUAGCGCCUGGUCUGACUUGUCCUUCGGCAGUCAUUGCUCUUUUCUGGGCUGGGAAAAGCAAGCUCAGCUCAUCAUUCUGAUUUAAGGUUUGUUACAAUUGCCAUGCAUUUGAUCCUUCUCACCAGAAGUUACUGUCUGGCUGAGAAGGAAACAGGAACUCCCUACUGAAAUAAAAGCUGUUUCU